CAAUCCAUUAUUACAACCAAAAAAAAAAAAAAGAAUCUUGCUUCAAAAAUUUCCAGGAAAAAAAAAAUGACGACUGCUUUGACGAUUGGAGCAAACGGGUUCUCGGGUUUUCCGGGUUCAUCUUCAUCAUCGGCGUCUUCUUCAUCGUUUCGAUUCAGGAGCAGAAGGAAGAACACGAAGAUGCUCAACAGGACAAGAGUCUCCUGUUCUUAUUCUUCUUCUUCGUCGUCUUCCGUGAUGGAUCCGUACCAUACACUCAAGAUCCGACCCGAUGCUUCGGAAUACGAGGUCAAGAAAGCUUUCAGACAACUGGCGUUGAAGUAUCAUCCCGAUGUAUGCAGAGGAAGCAACUGCGGUGUACAGUUUCAGACCAUCAAUGAAGCUUACGAUAUUGUGAUGAGGCAAAUAAGGGGACAAAUGGAGGAGGCGGAGGAAUUCGAGGCGUUCGAUGGAGGGGCGGACGAAGGGUUCACGGGAAUGAACGAUCCAGAUUACGACAUGUGGGAGGAGUGGAUGGGUUGGGAAGGAGCCGGCAUCAGAGACUACUCCUCCCACGUCAAUCCUUAUCUCUGAAAUUCCAAGCCUAUGUAUAUAAGUGGGGGAAAAUUGUACAUUGUGUAAAUAUUGUUAUUAGCGCAAUUAGUUGUUUUUUCAUCAAUAACUAAUCAAUGUCGCUUCUUUGAAACUAAUAUUAUAAUUAAAAUUGUAAUAAAUUAAAGCGGUUGGUGGUGA